UAAGAUGGUAGUCCGAAGGCAUUGUUCUUUUCUAGAAUAUGCUGUAAGUUCCAUUUUCCCUUUUUCAUCUUAUUUUCUUUCUGUUUUCCUUUACUUCCUUUCUGCCGUUUACCCCAAACCCACAAAUUAAUUUCUGCCGAUCUCAGUCCUUUUUUGGUUGCUUCUUCGAUCUCGCAAAUUCCUUUCUUUAAAUCUGUUGCUUCGCUGCUUUGCCCAUCUGCUUCGUUGCUUCACUGUUUCACCUCCUGCUUUACCCAAAACGCAAGCCUCUCUCGUUCAUUCAGCUCUCAAUUAUUUCACCCAAAUCUCCAAACCCUAGCCCCGCACAGCCACCAUAGCCCAGCCACCACCAUCAGCGUAGCAUCUCGCCGUCGUCGUACUCUUCCGGUCGUUAACUGUCAACCACCUGCAGCUUUCCGGCUGUUUUUUAUGUUAUCUAGCUCAGUGGCUCUCUUCUGCCAUCUUAACUCCAGCCAAGGAGAGACUCUCAUCUGCUCCUUAGGAAGUCACGUGUACUAGUUCUCAUGUAAUAGAUUGAGGACACUCGAACUAGUUUACAAAAAGAUAGAGUAAGAGAAAUUAUCGUCGGAAUGUCCACGUGGCGUAUUUGCUCUGAUGACAGAUCAAAUUAUCGUUGGGAGGCUUUCGAUCCGAUCUUGCCGUCGAAACUCGAUGAUGACCCGAAAGGAACUCCUAUUGCUCCAUAUCCUUCCAUGGCCGAUCUACUUCAAGGAUGUUCGAAGCUUAUUAAGAACGAUUAUAGAGGAGUGGAUAAAUACCCAAUGUUUAGAACCGAAUUGGGGAAAUCUGUGGCUUUGAAAGAAUCUCCAAUUGCAAAAGCAUUAUCUAUCCUCGAUGAAGACGACGCUGCCUCUACUGUUACUCCAAUUUCAUACUGUAGGUGGAAGGUUGUUAUUUGUUUCAAGUGAAGCACUGAAGCGCGCAAGGAGUUUUGUAGGUGAAUCGGAGGUAGGGGGUUUAUUUGGUGAAAUGGAUUAAGAGCUUCUCCAUAUACAGUUUAGAUGGAGGAAAAACUUAACGAUGCUUCAUCAAACAAGGAAAGCUGUUUUUUUACUUCCUUUCCCCAUGAAGGAGCA